AUGGACAACAGAGCUGGGUCCUCAUCAGAAAACCUCAGGAACAAGUGCGCAGCGUGCUUCAGACAAUUCAACAAAUUUGAGCACCUAGUGGAACACAUGAAGACCUCAUAUCACUCUGUUCAUGAACCUACUUGUGGAAUCUGCAAGAAACAUUGCAGAUCUUUUGAAUCUUUAAGGGAACAUCUUACAGGGUUAUUGCCAAAACAAGAAUGUAGAAAUAUUUUCAACAUUCGAGGAUGCAGAUUCUGCUUAGCUAUCCUAGAUAGCCCGAAUGCUCGCUGGAGUCACCAAGAAAGAUGCCAAUUCUCGAGCGUUGAAGCUGGCCAACUUGCACGCUUGGCUAACUUGGGCAAUCGAGAGAAUUUAAGUACUAUUGAUAAUGGUGGAACAAGAUCAGGGCCACAAGUGGUUGCACUCGCCUGCAAAAUGGUUGGCGGUGGCAGUGAUGGCUCCCUAGAUAUGUGUGCAAGGGUCUGCCUGAUUGAUGAGUCUGAAAACAUUAUUUUCCAUACUUAUGUCAAGCCACCAAUUCCAGUUACAAACUAUAGGUAUCAAACAACAGGCAUUCGUCCGGAAUAUUUAAGGGAUGCAAUGCCACUAAGGCAAGUGCAGAGGAAAAUUCAGGAUUUCCUCUGCAAUGGGGAACCAAUGUGGAAAAUUCGAACCAAAGGUGGAAGAGCCAGAAUUCUUGUGGGUCAUGGUUUGAAUCAUGACCUAGACCGUUUGCAGGCUGAAUACCCAGCAAUCAUGAUCAGGGAUACUGCAACAUAUCCUCCAUUGAUGAAAACAACCAAGCUGAGCAGCAACUCACUCAAGUAUUUAACCCAAGCAUAUCUUGGGUAUGACAUUCAAACUGGGAUACAAGAUCCUUACGAGGAUUGUGUAGCAACAAUGAGGCUUUACACCAGAAUGAGAUCCCAAAUUCAUAAAGUAGAGGACUAUCCGCUGGCGUCUAAUCCACAAAACCGAAACAACUUUGCAUGGUGGAGGCAAGGUGAUCAUCAGCAGCUUGAAAGGACAUCGAUCACCCCAGAACAAAUGUUGGAAAUCUCAAGGUCAGAUUACUAUUGUUGGUGUUUGGACUCCAGCACUCGCCAGGGGUAG